AUGGAACAAGGAUACUGUAUGCCUAUGGAUCACACGAGCGUGGCGAUUCCUUUUCGCUCGCUGUAUGGAGGUAAGUUUAAUUUAUAGGGAAGCCCUCAUUCUUGCUUCUAAUUCAUACAGAGUUAUGUAUUGUGUUUUUUUCUAAUGAUUCCCUGUCAUUUCUGCAACAAUAUAUAGUUAUCCGCAUGUAAAGUUUUUCUUUGCCUGAUAAAUAUUCUUUUCGUUGUAGAUGUUUGUCCUUUGAUAAAAGAUAUUCUCUCUGAAGCGACGUAUGAUUUCCAGAAUCAUUGUGGCAUGAAUUGUUUGCAAAAUCCAUUCUGUGCUGGAUACAAUUUUAAGAAAAAGCACCAGAAGAAGACUCCAAACUGCCAGUUAACACACACGCUGGAUCACAACUUUCAUGAUUGCAAUGCUGAUGACAAAGGCUGGGUAUUUUAUCAUCCCGUUGCUCCGGCCAAGAAAGGUACGAAACUGGAGUAAAAUAUAUACUUAAUAAACUUUGCCUGAAUUACCUUAUUAAUAUCUAGUAUAAGCAAUACCUAGCUAGCAAUGCCCCGAGUCUUAAAAUACGCGGAAUUAGUUUAUUUGUACCCAAGCAGUUGGUGAAAAGAAUGCAUGAGAAUUUUGCGAUCUUCACAAAUUUUCCUAUUAGCUAUACCUUAUUGCUAUACAGCUAUAGGCCAAUUAGGUGCCACCAAACGGGCAAUGUAUUCCCCCGGGCAACAAGUAAAAAAUUAUUACAAAUCGUUGCCCGGGCCUGAACUGGCUACGUGUAUGUAACUAAACAAAAUUUGGGUAGAACUCGCAAGUUUAUUAACUGGGACUGUUUCCGAUCCAAGUUUGUGCUAAAAUAAAGAAUGCAUAAAAGACAAGAAAAAUACACAACAGGCAACAGAAUAUGCUGCAUGCAUGCUGAAACCGUUUAAGUAAAGUAGGUUAGUUUAAUUUCAGAACUCCUUUACCUUAUAGAGUUUUAAUUUGUCAUGAAAUGCAAUAAUUUAUUGCUGUAUAAAUAUAUUAUGUUGCUGAUUUUACUUUCGUCGCUAUAUAGCAAGACGACGUAUAUAGGCGCGUUGUACAUGUGCUUGAUCAACACAGUAUAUAUACAACUAAAGUUGCAACCAGGUUGCAUGCGACAGUUUUAUAUAGGCAAAAGUUGUGUAGUGUAAAAAACCAGCCUAUAGAAUGGUUUAGAGUCCAAUUUGGAUUCAUCCUUUGGACUCGAUUAUAUUUAUGAGAAAAUUGUAAAUUUUUUUUUGAGAAAAUUGUAUACUACAGUUGAUGCGCUAUUGCAUCUUUUUACUCUAUAGAGUAUAGUUCCAAAAAUUAAAUAUUUUUAAUAAAAAAGUUAGCUAUAUAUUUAAGGACAUCCACUGCGGUAUAAAUUAUAUCAUUUAAAAAUCGCUCUCAUUUAAAAAUACCGGACCAAUAAUUAUUAUAGUUAAUUAAAACUUAAUUUGUGAUGUUAUUCUGUUAUUUCAGGUUUGGCCUGUUUUAUACGUCGAAUUUUGGUCGCGUCGAAUGCAUUUAAGACAAUAGAUAAUGAGAUGAUAAACCUCAUUAAGCUUCAUUAUCUAUACCCUGGAUUCCAGAGCCUUCGACAGUAAAUAAUAAAUUGAAAUGUCGCGAAGGCUCUGGUUCAACGGGGCGAUUGUUUGAUUAAACCGCGCCAAUCACAAAACAGAAUUAGUGGUUUUAGUACAGAAUCUGUGCUAAAACCACUAAUUCUGUUUUGUGAUUGGCGCGAUUUAAUCAAAGAAUCGCCCCGUUGAACCAGAGCCUUCGCGACAUUUCAACUUAUUAUUUACUGUCGAAGGCUCUAGAAUCCAGGGUACAUUAUCUAUUGUUUGAAUUGCAUUCGACGCGACCGAAAUUCUAACAUAUUCGCUUCGCAGGUUCCAUGUCAUAAAAUGAAGAAUUGUAAAAAUGGGGGAAAGACGAUCAUUUAUCUCAAAGAUGGACCUGGUUCUGAUCCUUACAGAUGUGAGUGUCCAAAGGGAUACGGUGGAGAUCUCUGUCAAACUGAUGAGUUGUUAAAGAAAAAGAUUGCUGCGCAAGAUAAAGAUGAAAUAAAAUGA